CACGGCGUUUCUGUGGAAUUAACGUCAUCAGGACUGGUUUCUCACAUUCAUACGCCAUUGAAUUGGGAGAGUUGCUCGAUGCUGCACACGAAGGAUUUUUCCCUCAGAAUUAAAGCGCUGAAAUCAACGACACUCUGGGAUUAUUCUUCUUUACAUCAUUAAGGAAAGCGUCCUGUGUCUCUUCUAAUUCCUGGAAUAUAUUAUCUUCGCAUUUUUCUCGAGAGGAAAAUCAGAUGUUUUUUUGCCUCUACAAAAUGCCCGCAAGAACAAUGAGACGGCAAGUCCUGUUUUUCACAUCGGUGGUUUUUGUGAGGGCGGUGCUCGGGCAGGUCAGCUACAAAAUUAACGAGGAGAUGUCCGUAGGUUCUCUUGUGGGAAACAUAGCGCAUGAUUUGGGUUUAGAUGUGGAGAAAUUAAAAGCACGUAAUACCCGUGUGUAUUUUGGAGACACUAAAGAAUACUUUGAGCUGAAUAAAUACAGAGGAGUCCUCUUAAUCAAAGAAAGGAUUGACAGAGAGGCGCUCUGCGGAAAGACGGAGCCUUGUGCGGUGCAUUUUCAGAUUAUUUUAGAAAAUCCGAUUGAGUUUUACAGAAUAAUGGUUGAAAUCAUAGACAUCAAUGAUAAUUCCCCGAUGUUUGAGAAGGUAGAUAUUAAAUUCAAAAUCAGUGAGUCUGCAGUCAUCGGCUCAAAAUUUGAUUUGGAGCAGGCUGUGGAUUUAGAUGUUGGAAUUAAUGAUCUCCAAAACUACAUCCUGCAGCCGACUGAUCAUUUUGUUUUAAAGCUCCACAAUCACGCAGGCCGACCAAAAAACAAUGAGAUGAUUUUACAACAACCUCUGGACAGAGAGAAAAAUGAACAUUUGUCUCUGGUGCUGACGGCUGUAGAUGGAGGAGAACCACAGAUGACGGGAACAAUGAACAUUUUCAUUACGGUGUUAGAUGUAAAUGAUAAUGCGCCCGUCUUCACAAAGUCCAUAUACAAAGCAUCUGUUGCAGAAAACUCCCCAAAAGGCACAGUCAUAGUGACAGUUACGGCGUCAGACGCAGAUCACGGAUUAAAUGGAAGAAUAAAAUAUUCAAUUAGAAACACAUUAGAUGUCCGAGAUUUAUUUGAGGUGAAUGAAAACACAGGCGAAGUUAGUUUAAUUGGAAAUAUUGACUACGAAAAGGCAAGAAAUUAUGAAAUAAAUUUGCGAGCAAGCGAUGAAGGAGGGCUAACAGAUUCAUGCAAAUUAAUAGUUGAUAUUGUUGAUGUAAAUGAUAAUUACCCGCUGAUCAAAGUAAUGUCCAAAACCAAUACGAUCACUGAAAAUGUCAAAAUCCACACUGUCGUAACAAUAAUUAAUAUUCAAGAUCUAGACGACAAUGAAAAUGGUAAAGUGCAAUGCGCAAUAACUGACAAUAAUCCGUUCACAUUGAAAUCUACUGAUAGCAAUUUUUAUAGUUUAUUGACAGACAGUGAGUUAGACAGAGAGAGAUCCUCUAAGUAUAAUAUCACAGUGACCUGCUCUGAUGAGGGAGUGCCCUCCCUCUCCAGCAGCGUCACUCUGACCUUACAGAUCUCAGAUGUGAAUGAUAACGCGCCUGUCUUUGAGAAGAGCUCAUAUGAUGCCUACAUUGUAGAAAACAACACACCAGGCCUCUCUAUAUUCACAGUGAAAGCCACAGACGCUGACUGGAACCAGAACGCGCGUGUUUCUUACAUACUGGAGGACUCCUCUGUUAACGGAGUGUCCGUCUCCUCAUAUGUGUCAGUUAGUGCUGAUAGUGGAGUCAUCCACGCAGUGCGCUCUUUGGACUACGAGCAGAUCAAGGACUUCCAGUUCCACGUCAAAGCGCAGGAUGGAGGCUCCCCUCCACUCAGUAGUAACGUGACUGUGAAAAUAGUGAUCCAGGACCAGAACGACAACGCCCCUCAGGUUCUGUACCCGGUCCAGACUGGAGGCUCUGUGGUGGCUGAGAUGGUUCCUCGUUCAGCAGAUGUGGGCUAUCUGGUGACUAAAGUGGUGGCUGUUGAUGUGGACUCUGGACAGAAUUCCUGGCUCUCCUAUAAACUGCAGAAAGCCACAGACAGGGCGCUGUUUGAAGUGGGUUUACAGAAUGGAGAAAUAAGAACUAUCCGCCAAGUCACUGAUAAAGAUGCUGUCAAACAAAGACUGACUGUGUUCGUGGAGGACAACGGGCAGCCCUCUCGUUCAGCUACAGUCAUUGUUAACGUGGCGGUGGCGGACAGCUACCCUGAAUUGCUGUCGGAGUUCACUGACUUUACACAUGACAAGGAGUACAAUGACAACCUGACUUUUUACUUAGUGCUGGCUUUGGCUGUAGUUUCUUUUCUCUUCAUCACGUGUUUAGUGGUUAUUAUAUCAGUGAAAAUCUACAGAUGGAGACAGUCUCGCAUCCUGUAUCACUCCAGUCUCCCGGUGAUUCCAUAUUAUCCACCACGUUACUCAGACACUUUUGGGACAGGGACUCUGCCACACGUGUACAACUACGAGGUGUGCAAGACGACUGACUCCAGAAAGAGUGACUGUAAGUUCGGCACAGCUGGUAGUCAGAACGUGCUGAUAAUGGACCCCAGUUCUACAGGAACCAUGCAGAGGAUACAGAGUGAAAAGAACAUCCUGGAUGAACCAGACUCUCCUCUAGAGGUUAGCCAUGAGCCAGCUAUGAAACUUAUUUUGUUUGCUUUUCAUUUUCAGUGA